AUGGGGGACUGGAGCCUGCUGGGGCGGCUGCUGGAGAGCACCCAGGAGCACUCCACAGUGGUGGGGAAGGUCUGGCUCACCGUCCUGUUCGUCUUCCGCAUCUUGGUGCUGGGGGCGGCCGCCGAACGGGUCUGGGGUGACGAGCUGUCCGACUUCUCCUGCACCUUCCCCAUCUCCCACCUCCGCUUCUGGGUCCUGCAGAUCAUCUUUGUCUCUACCCCUAGCCUUGUGUACCUGGGCCACAUCCUGCACCUGGUGCAUCUGGAGGAGAAGGCACAGCAGCAAGCGGUGGCACAGGCCAGCAGCUGUGCCAGGCUGCAGCACCCCAGGCAGCCCCAGCUUCCUGUGGGAGACACGCGGGGACAGGUCUGCAUGCGGGGGGCCAUUCUGAAGACGUAUGUCUGCAACGUCAUCUUCAAAGCUCUCUUAGAAGUAGGCUUCAUUGUCGGCCAGUAUGCCCUGUAUGGCUUCCAGCUGAAGCCCCUCUACACCUGCAGCCGCUGGCCCUGCCCCAACACUGUCAACUGCUACAUCUCCCGGCCUACGGAGAAGACCAUCUUCAUCCUCUUCAUGCUGGGGGUGGCCUGCUUGUCCCUGCUGCUUAACCUGGUAGAGAUCUACUACCUAGGUCUCUCCAAGUGCCGGCAGGGGCCAGGCCCCAAGUCCUGCAUCCUGCCCAGUCCUGGUGGCCCUGCAGGACCCCACAGCACCUACAUCACCCUGCCCAGUAGUGGCAGAACCAUGGCUGCUGGCAGAAACCCCCCCAGCCUGGCACCCCUGAGGAAGGCAGGUGCAUGGCUGGGAGUAGCCAGCGGGUCCCACGGGAAGGUGCGAGUGGCAGACCUGGCAGUGUGA